AUGGGGUCCAAAAGUGAAAAGCUUGAGCUGACGCAAGUUGGUUUAUUGAAGAGAGAAAGCAGCAAGAAGUCCAGAGCAUUCUGGAUUUCUGGCCUAACAGCACUUUGUCUCUUCGUGCUGGCUGGGUUUUGGCGUGGUGAUAGCCCACACCAUGCGCUGCUCGGCGUCUGGAACCGCCUGUCGUCCCACAAGUCAGACAGACUCACCCGCAAGUACACCAUUCAAUCGGGAGUUAGAUGGAUGAAUCAAGAUGGCGGUCGCUGGAGAGUCAUGUUCGUUUGCAACGGCCAGUCGCCCUGCCCCACGCUGCACGCAGAGGAGGGCGACCUCGUAGAGUUGACUGUAAAGAGCGACGUCUAUGCGCAGUCAUCAAUCCACUGGUCUGGAAUUGGGCACAAAGGAACUGGUAGCUGGAACGAUGGUACCGCCGGCAUUUCGCAGUUCCCCAUCUUGCCUCGCGGCAACUUCACCAGCUUGAUUGACACCGCCGGCUCCUGGGGCCUGAACUGGUAUGCCGAACACACUUCGGCAGCUUCAGCUGACGGUCUCUACGGCAUGGUGUAUGUGGCACCAAGUCCAUCGCGACCAAGACCAUACCGCCUCAUCACCAGCGACGAGAUUGAGCUGCGUAAGAUCAUGGAAGCCGAGAAGGAGGCUCACCAUUUCGCCAUCAAGAACCACCAGCACCGUGACACCGGCUGGAAGAUGCUGCGUAUGCGAGCUGAAGGUUCCGAGUUCUAUUGCUAUGACUCGAUCAUUGUCAAUGGCAAGGGUCGAGUUCACUGCCGUCAGCCGGGCUUCGAGACGCUGAACGGCCAUGACCUGGACGAGACUGGUUGCAUUCAACCUGCCGGACUGCCGCAAGAGACCUGCACACCUAGCAAGGCUGACUAUGAGGUCAUCGAAACUGAAGGCCGAGCCUACAUCAUGCUGAACUUGAUCAAUAUUGGCUUCGAGCACUCCGUCAUGGCGUCUAUUGACAGCCACAAAAUGAUAGUCGUGGCCAACAACGGAGGCUUUGUCGUUCCUGAAGAGACCGACGUCGUGUACAUUCCCAGCGCGGGCCGUGUUACUGUUUUAGUCAAGUUAGACGCUCAGCCGGGUGACUAUGCCCUGCGAUUAUCGUCUACAAGUCAAAUGCAAAACCUCCAGGGCUACUCAAUCCUUCGAUACCCCGCAAGCCGGCGUCCCAUUUACGGCGAGCCCAUGGAACUCCCGCAGCCGGAGUCAUUGGAUGAUGUUUGCGUCCUUCCUGACAGCUCCACAAAGAAGCACUGCAAGACAACUUCAGGCCUCUUCCUCCCUCCUUACCCUGCGUUGCCGCCACCCAAGGCCAAGAAGUCCCGCCCAGCAUCUGCGGACUUCACUUUCCACCUUGCAGCCGGUUCGCAGCCCUCGCUGACGGAGCCCCAUGUGCCGGAGUACUUCCUCAACGAGAAGCCUUGGCAGCUUUUCCGCUCCUCUCUGACUCCCCUGCUCUUCCACGAGUUCAACUCCAGUUCGGAGGCUUCAAUCGGAAAGCCAGUCAUCGACGGCAUCCCCAUGGGUAGCGUCGUCGAUCUCAUCAUCGAGAACCAGCUGAAUGACACCAUCCCGUUGUACAAGCACGCCGAUCCUGCGUGGCUUCUUGGUGUGAGCUCCAACGCCAAAUUCCCUUACCCUAGCAUCGAGGAGGCAGUUGCUGCGGACAAGGAUAUCGCAUCCGCCCUCAACUUGGAGGAUCCUGGAAUGGUCACGGUCCACGACCUGCCGCCCCUAGGAUGGAGUGUACUUCGCUUCAAGGUUACGACCAAGGCUGCGACGAUGAUUCAUGCCGUCAAGCUCAGGUACUUUGCUGUGAGUAUUCGCUUGUCAUUACCAACAGUCGUACGCGGAGUAGCUAACAGUGUGCCCCUUCAGCUUGGCAUGUCAGCGCCCAUCAUGGAAGGUAUCCUUCCCAACGACCCGGCUAACUAUCCGACCUUCGCUGCGAAUCAGCCCCACGUUGACUUCGAGCCCAAGAUUGACGGCGUUUUUGGGUAA